ACGAAUUGAGGGGCAUAAUUUCUCAUCGCUUUCUUGCAAUGAUCGAGCCUCACAUUGUUUCUUCCCUUCUUUACCUUUACAAUGCCUUUAGGUAUUUUAUUUUUCCCAGACCUUUUGACAGAGAACCGUUUCAUUUAUUUAUUUGUAUUUGCUUGUUCUUGUUUUUCAAAUUCAAACAGUCAAAAUACCAUCUAACAUUGGCCUAUCAAAGGGUUAUAUAUAUGAAGGGGCAAAAAUUGCUAUUGAGUUUUCUUUGUAAUCUAUUUAAAAGAGUAUAUCAACUUAUCGUUCUGGUAAUCGGUCCUUUUCAUAUUUUGUUUUCAGACACUUUGCUUUGGUGAUAGCUCUCUUGCUCUCACUAUGGCAGAUGGUGCCAACAGAGAAGUUGAAAACUCAAAGGAGUCGGAAAAAGAACUAAAUAGAGACUGGGCUAACCUUCCAACUGAUGUUCUUUGUUUGAUGCUUCCUCAUCUAUUUCUUGGUGAUAUCAAGCGGUUUCAUAAUGUCUGUAGAUCAUGGCGAUUGGCUCCCACUGAUCAAUCAGUACAAUCUCCGGUGCUUAUGUGCUUUGGGAAUGAUAGCACGAGAUGCAAAUUCUUCCACCCACUCUACAAAGACUCUUACAGCAUGUACAUUCCUGAAUUAUUCGGUGCAAUACCACGGUUUUCCAAAGGCGGUUGGUUGCUUAUGUCCAGAGGAAAGUACUCAGUUUUCUUCUUUAAUCCGUUCACGAAGGCAUUGAUUAACUUGCCUGCUUUACCUGACAUGUACGAUUUUGGAGGGAUAACAUUCACAUCCUCUCCGACAUUGUCCGAUUGCAAGGUUUUUGGCAUUAGUGUCAAAUUUGAGGAGUAUUUUUCGAUAUCAACCAUUUGCCGUGGAGAAGAAAGUUGGCACGUAUUGCGUGGUGAAAAUAACUUGCCCUUUUUCCUCUCUCACUGUAAUCCAGUCUUUCACCAUGGAGAGUUCUAUUGUUUGGGUCGACAUGGGAAUUUGGGAGUCUUUAAUCCUGGUGAAGACUGGAGAAUCCUUGACAAGCCUCAUAGGCAGCCACUCGAUGAUCCCAUCGUUUCCCACGAGCGCAACUUUUUGGUGGAAUGCAAUGGGGAGCUACUAUCAGUGUCUAUGAGUUUCAUGGGGAAGUUGAUAUCUGUUUUGAAGUUGGAUAGUGUUGAGAUGGCAUGGCAUAAAGUUGACAGUUUGGUUGACCAAAUGUUAUUUGUGAGCCACACAUCAUCUCUUUCUGCAAAGAGAGUGGUACAAGGAAUGGAGAACAAGAUUUAUCUUCCCAGAAUCCAUGGAAAAUGUGGGGUGUUCUACUCUCUAGCCAGUGGUUUGUUUCAAACAUUGGGAAAUGAUUUUACCCAUAAGGAUUUGCAUGGGACAGGGGAGCUCUUGAGUUGCUGUUGGAUUGAGCCAAAAGCUAAUACUUCUUAUUCUGAAGAAGAACUCAACUGGUUUGAAGACGCUUAGGUAAAUCUUGGGGUGGAGCAAUUGAACACAAGAACUUCUCCUCGUGGCGUUUAAAACGUUUAAAAGUAACAAUGUUUUCGUUUACAAGUGUUACUAUUCUAAUUUUCUAAGUCUCUUUGAAUACUCUGAUUAUCUUUGGAUUAUACUUGGACUCUAUCUUUGGAUGACAUUUUGUUAUUUUCUUGUGGGUGAUAUU